AGGAAAUUGUUAUGGGUUUUGCUGUGCAUGAAGUCAUGGCAUUCACAGACAUCAAGAAGCUUUUUAUAAUUGUAAAGUUCAACAUUGCAGAGAUAUCUGCUCUGAUGAAUUCCUUCAGAAUGAUCAAUCUGUAUCAGUCUAUUCUCUGGCAUCUGUCAUCUGACUUCAUGGUGCAGGCGAAAGAUAUCUGUGUUUUCAGGAACAGGAACACAGAUGUUGUACUCUUUUACACCCGCAGGUGUGAGGCUCAUACACCUUGUCUGAGGUGUUGUCAUGGGAAUGAGCUGUUCACAUACUGUGUUCUGCUUCCUGCAUUUCUCUGUGUCCUUCUCUCUCUUUCUGAGAAGUCUCAUGCGUGUUUUGCUUCAGUGUCAGAGGUCAUUCUGAUCAAAGAUGAUAACACUGCUGAGACUAUCUUCUUCUGUUUUCAAGCUUCUUCUGUUACUUUCUCUCUCUCCCCUGCAGGGAAGGUUGUGCACACAUCAGGUUAUAAGU